AUGGUUAAUAUGAAUACACGAGGUAUUUCAAAUAAUAUUUCUUAUUCUCAUCUUCCCUUUCACACUCAAUCUUUCCUUUCUUCCACUUCUAUUGUUGAGCCUACUAGUUAUAAUGAUGCCAUUAAAGACCCUUUAUGGGUUACUGCCAUGCAAGAGGAGAUUCAAGCAUUAGAAUUAAACAAUACUUGGUGUGUAGUUCCUUUGCCACCGGGAAAGGUUCCCAUUGGAUGCAAGUGGGUGUAUAAAGUCAAGUUUCGAUCCAAUGGUGAGUUUGAACGCUACAAGGCACUUCUGGUUGCGAAAGGUUACAAUCAGCAAGAAGGUGUGGAUUUUGUUGAAACUUUCUCGCCUGUUGCUAAGCUUGUUACUGUACGAACUGUUUUGGCGUUAGCCUCUUUGCAGCACUAA